ACGACAGUUAGUAAGAUCUAACAAUUUUGUAUCAGACCAUCAGUCGGUAAAAUUCAUGAACUCAAAGUCUCGACUUAAAAUCAGGAGAGUGUAUGAUUGUUUCGAUAUUAUUAAAGAAACAACCAUGUGUAGGUCAUUGAGGCUUGCUUUGUUUUUUACUUGACGCUAGAAUAAAGCCAUAGACCAUGUCUAGGUCAUUGAGGCUUUGCUUUGUUUUUGUAAGUCUUCUUGUUUUAUUGCCUUGACCGACUCUUCUGGGUCUCAUUAUUAAAGGGACUUGUGAACAAAUUCUGUAGCGAGUCAUAACAAAACAAGUCACAGCCUCUAUCCAGGCCACGCAUUUAGAAUUUCCGUAGAACUGGAUGUGCAUAUAUUUAGGGAUGUAUGUACAUUCAUUGGAGUCAGAUAGAAGGCGUCCUCUUCUCUCUCCCUCUCUGCAUCUCCCCCCACCCUCCUCGACCCCUCCUUGCUAGUUGUAGCAGCCGGGGCUGAUCAGUAAUGGCAUUCAACGACGAUGAAAAGCCUUCUGCUUCCAAUACUGGGAAAACCAAGGGCCUGGUGACGAUGAAGCAAGCCAAGUACUUCAAGGACGAUGCGGCGCUGACGGCGGACACGGUGACCGCGGAGGUGGAGAUCAACGCGACAUCCUCCACCGUCGUGAGGGAGGGGCUGGACCUGGUGGCCGUGCUCGAUGUGAGCGGCACCAUGGCCGAGGAGAAGCUCGAGAGCAUGAAGAAGGCGAUGGUGUUCGUGAUCAUGAAGCUCACCCCCGUGGACCGCCUCUCCAUCGUCACCUUCUCCGACGGCGCCACCAGGCUCAACCCGCUGCGCUCCAUGACCCCGGCUGCCCAGAACGACCUCAGGGCCCUCGUCGACGGCCUGAAGGCCCGCGGCGCGACCAACGUCAAGGCCGGCCUCGAGACCGGGCUGGCCGUGCUCGCCGACCGUGUCCACACCAAGGCCCGCGCGGCCAGCAUCUUCCUCAUGUCCGACGGGCACCAAAACGCCGGCGACGCCCGGCAGGUCAACCCCGGCCAGGUGGCCAUCUACUCGUUUGGUUUCGGCCAGCACUCCGACCACCAGCUGAUGAGCGACAUUGCCAAGAAAUCCCCGGGCGGGACCUUCAGCUCCGUGCCGGACGGGUCCAAGGUGAGUGUGCCCUUCUCGCAGCUGCUGGCUGGCCUCCUCACCGUGGUGGCGCAGGACGUGGAGCUCACCCUGACGCCCAAGACGGAUGACGGUGACGUGGACACCAUAGUGGUCGCCCCCGGCACCGACUACAAGACAACCACCGACGCCGCCACCGGCGUGACCACCAUCACGUUCGGCACCCUCUUCGCCGGAGAAGGGCGCAGGGUCGUCAUCACCCUGACGCUCAAGGACGUGAGCGCCAGCAACAACGAGGAGUACGACGCGCCCUUGGCCGAGGCCCAGCACAGCUACACCGCCCAGGGAAGGCCGCGAGAGGCCCAGGUGCCGCAGGACAUCCAGAUCAAGCGCACCCCGACCCCAUCGCAAGCGCCUGGCGCGAGCACCAAGGCGCGGCAGGUGCAGGCCGAGAUCGCCAGGCGGAACCACGCCGAGGCCAUCAGGCAGGCGAGGUUGCUGGCGGACGACGGCCUGCUCGACGACGCGCGGAGCAAGCUGGUGGAGGCGCAGAAGGCGCUGGACAGCAUCGUGCUGGACGACGGCAGGAAGCUGGUGACCUCGCUCCGGGCCGAGCUGGCGCAGCUGACCAAGCUCAUGGCGACGAAGGAGAUCUACGAGGCGCAGGGCCGCCCCUACGCUCUCGCCUCCGAGACCAGCCACGGCCGGCAGCGCUACUCAGCCAGGGGCGGCGACGAAGACAGCGACGUCCGCCUCUUCGCCACGCCGCGCAUGGACACCUACCGCGAGCAGGCCAAGAAUUUCGAGAAGGACCCCACGGCGCCGGUGCCCACCGCCGACGAGGACGUCAAGCAGGAGGUCCUCGCCAACCCGAUCUCCGCCGUCUCCACCGAGCUCGCCUACUACCUCCGCAGGGCUAUCGAGGCGCUGCAGGCCAUCGAGAAGAUCGUCGCCCCGAGCACCUAGCUCUCUUUCAGUCUUUCCUGUGCCCGAUCGUUUCAUCAUUUCCAUUAAAUGCCGUACUUGUGCUGUCCAAUAAAGGUGCCACGGAAUGCACUCAUCUGCCAUUGUCUUCUUGUAAUUGUAAGUUUUAACGGAUUUUGCUUGGAUUGAAAGGAACACAGUACCUCAUGCAUCCUCCUUGAUACUAGCUCUGAUAGUAACUGUGCUAUGUGACUAAGAAAGAUAUCUUGUCUUCCACCAGGUUCCUCCAGGUGACUCUGCUUUCUCGUUGUGAGCUUGUGAUGACCCUGCACAUAGUUUCUGAAAUUCUGCACUCUGUGGGAGAUGACCGACAGCAACUGCGUAUACCGGAAGUCCGGAACAUGGUGGACGGUGGACCACGCCGCCGCCAACGAGUUCACUGAGGUUCUCUUCAAGCCUUCAAGGACGUCACCUCCGUCCCCCACGCUGCCCCGCACCAAGUCCUGCGAGAACGCGACGAGGAGCGGUGAGGAAGGCAUGGCGCUUUUCGUCCUCGGCUGCAACAACAGCUGUGGUUGCCGCAACAUAACAGAAAAAAUGUUUAUCUGUUUCCUCGA